GUGAGGCCGAGCUUAGUGGUCUAAUAAAUACAUUUUGGUGCAACUAUAUGCAUGCGCUUACUACUGGCUUGUACAGCCUUCUAUACAAAGCACACAGGCGGUUCCGCGGAGCGGUGUAUUGCCAUUCUCACCCGUCCUUUAAAGAAAGUAGUGCAACUUUUGAAAGAAUCUUACCUAUUGUUCAGUAGGUUAGCUGGUGGUCGAGGGGUGCCCCCGUUAAGGCGAUCCGAUAUCGGGUCAGGCAAAAAUGCCCGCAUGUGAUUGCACUUGUCACGAUAGCGAUGCCCGAGCUCCUAAACGAGGACAUCUUUCGCAAGCUGUUGAGCAACGUGAAGCUGCACGCCGUAUUGCUGAGGCUGCAAAAGCGGAAAUAAGCAGGUAUUUCCAAGACCAAAAAAAGUUCGACGUGAUAGCGACAAACUCCUUAAAGGAUGACUUCAAGCGAAAGGGCCGCGAAUUUAAGGAGCGCGACGCGGAGGCCAAGAUGCUCGAGACGCUUUACCAGAACGAGCGGCAGAAGACAUUGAACGCCAUCCGGGCUGACGAGGAGGAGAAGAUUGCGGUGGCGAUGGCGAGGAAGCAGCAAGAUAAGGAACGGCAAGACAAGGAAAUCCAGCGGCUGCGUGAGCAAAGCGAGGAGCUGCGAAGCCUUGCUGAAAAGAUUCGCGUGGCUAGGGUAAACAAGGAGCGCGCAGACCAGCUAGUGGAGAAGAAAGUAUUAUCUGAGCAGCAGCAGGAGUACGACCGCGCCAUUAACCUGUACGUCAACCAGGCGGCUCGGGAAGCAGAGGUACAGGAGGCAGAAAACCAGGCGAAGCGGCGCGAGGCCAAUGUCCGAGCACGCUUAAUGCUGGAGGAUCAAAUGGCUGAGCGACAGGAUCUGGCUCGCCUCGCAGAGCAGGAGGCCGCCCGCGAGCGCACCAUGAUUGAUGAGGUGGUGCGGCGCAUCAUGGAGGAGGAUGCUGCGGAGCUAGCGCUGAAACGCCAGCGGCAGCAAGAGACAAAAGACUUCAUUGAGGUGUUUUUGGCGCAGCAGGAUGAGCUACGGCGCAAGAAGCUCGAGGCAGCAGCCACGGAGGACCGCAAGAUUGCCGAAUAUUGGCAGGCGGUCCGCGAUCGGGAGCGUGAAGAGGCUGAACGGCAGGCCAUGCGCAAAGAGAUUGCCGACCGCAUGUACGAGAAGGUCAAGAAGGAGAUGGAGGCGGAGAUGGCAAGGCGCGAGGAGGAGGAGGCGCUAAUCAAUAUGCUGCGGCAGGAGGAGGUGGAAGCCAAGCACCGUGCCGAGGACGAGGAGCGCAAGCGCAAGGCGGAGGAGGCACGCGCUGAGAUGAUGCGGGCGAACCAGUACCAAAUGAAGCUCAAGGAGGAGCGCGAGGCAGCCUUCCGCGCGGAGGAGGAGGAGUUCCGGCAGCGCAUGCUUGCUAAGUUCGCCGAGGACGAACGGCUGGAACAGAUGAAUGCACAAAAGCGGCGCAUGCGCAUGGCGGAGCAUGCCCGAGAAGUGCAGCGUCUCAUCGACGAGAAGCGGCGGGCGUUCGAAGAAGCCAAGGCGCGCGAGGAAGCAGAGGAAGUCGCCAAGCGCGCCGAGGAGGCACGGCUGCAAAACCUGGUGGAGGAGGAGCGCAAGAAGUUGCUGCGCGAGGCAGCGGUGCUCAAGGACUACCUGCCGCGUGGCGUCAUGCGGGACCAGGGAGAUGUCGAUUUCAUUGCACAGGUGCUGGAGGAGAUGCGCCUGAACCGAGCCAAACAGCAGGGCCGCGCAUAGUCAGGCGAAUGCUGUAGUCCUGGACUACGCUCAUGAUAGGGUAUAGCGUACACAUUCGGCACCUUUGUGGGCACCGUUUCGUGCAGCAUUUCUAGUCAAUGCAGCAUUCCGUAAAUGGCAGGGGCACUGGCAAGGAUUUAGGCACAAUGGUUUUCCAGGCAACCCUAGCGUAUCUGACAUCGGGGGAUAGGGUAGAUUAGGUUGCGUACAGUGGCAGGAGUGGCAUGUCUUUCUUUGGUAUAAAGGGGCCCUUCUAAUAGGAUCUGUAUUAAUAAGACAAGCACUCCGGGGAAACUUAUAUGUCACACAAGCGCGUGCGGGGUUCUACACCUGCCUGCAGUCCUAAUUUUGCAUCUGGGUUGGUCCCUGGCGUGCGUUCCAUCGGACGACAUAAGUUUGGGACGCUGGAAGUACUUUGGGUCCCUAGGUGCAUACAUACUACAACGGUUUGACUUGCGACGACUUGUACAUAGGAAUGUGUAGCGAAGUUGCGUACGACUUGAAUGACUGAGCACAGUGCUGGUCAAGGCUGUAAAACGCCAUGCAAACUAUACUUUUGUAGGCAAGGGCGCGGUUAGGAGGGCCGACCGGGCGAGAGGAUUCGUGUGAGACAUGAGGAACGAUGGUAAGGUCCCUAUGAUGUAUGCUGCCAGUUGCUAACGCAGCCGUCCAUCCUUGGGGGCAUGGCAGUGAUGCAAACAGGCACACGCCAGCAGGAUGUUGGAGC